AUGAAGCGGCGGAGGUCCGCGGCGGGACCGGCCUUGCCCAUAACACCCGGCAUAGUGGCAGGGAAGAUGAAGAGUGAAUUGAAGACAGAGGAGAGGGAGAGGAGAGCCGCUUGGCGAUGCGUCGAGCUCGCGGAGAUAACGGGGAAGGAAAGUGAAGGCCAGUGCGACAGAGAGAGAGAACAGAGAGAAAGCGAAUGGGGGUUCUCUUCGUUGCACUCGUUGGAUGGAGACACUGUGAGGGGAACCGGGCCUGGCGCCGAGAAGAGCGUCAGGCGCCCUGAAAAACCACGCAGUUUUCUAAUAAGAAAAGGGAAUGGGGGGUGGACAAGAAACCGCAGGCAAGCUACUGGGGCCUUCGCUCUCCGCGCCUCUUUGCAGCAUAGAAAACGGAAGAGAACAUGCAGACAGCAGGAGGCGGAAAGAGAGGAAAUGUUUCUACGCAGAGUGUCGAAGAAAGAGGCGACGAUGGAGUGCAAUCUCAGUCUGAAAAAGGCUGGGAAAGGAGAAGAGGAACCGACUUCAGAACCAAGUUCCUUAGACUGUUUCAAACGGCGAAGUGCGUGGCGAGACCGGGUGGCCAAGGCUUUUAAGAAAACAGGAAGCUUCGUUCCACUUUCUCAAGUCUUCAUGCAAGAUCGAUCUCCGUUUCUCUCGGUCCUUCGCUCUCCAACCAGAAAGACGAACCAUUUGCUAGCCAUCAUCAACCUCUCCUCCAAGCACACAAUCGCUGGCCUGUUCGGCUCUCAAUUCCACUUUUCCUCCGCCUUUUUCCGCGCCUCUCUUCUUUCGCUCACCAGCCUCUCUGCGAACCAGAGCACGGAGAAAAGAAUACGUCAGGGCGGUAACUUUUUCGAUUCUCCUGCAACGCGCCCAAGAAGAUGGGAAAGGGAAGCAAUGCGUGCAAGAAAAACACCGCGCGUGCUCGCGCUGACGAGGCCAAGUCGAAGGAGCCCAAGUCGCAGCUGAAGUCGAACCAGGCGGCCAUGUCGAUCAAGUGCAAAGUCUGCAUGCAGCCGUUCAUGAAGACGCAGAGCGUCGCGCAGCUGAACGAGCAUGCAGCGAACAAGCACAACAAGACAGUGGCUGAAUGCUUCCCCGAGAUGGCGAGCUGA